AUGAUGACACUUGUAUCCAGGAGACUGCUCCUAAUAACCGCUGCUAUUUUGUGCAGCUUGAGUUUAAGAAUCGAGUGCAGGUCGAAGUCCCGAUUUACCAAUAUGCUGUGCGAGUCCUACAAUGAUUCGUAUGCAGCUUUUAAGAAAUGUAAACUCAAUUUACUGGGAAGAGGUCGAGUUGGAGCCGACAUAUAUGUAAGGCUGUCUGAACUGCCCAUAGACAACGGUUGGAUUAAUUUGUCCAUUUACCGCCGCUACAAUGGAUUUCGUCCGUUUAUGUACAAUGUCAGCACAGAUCUCUGCCAUCUAUUAGAAAACUCGAAUGUUUUGUCUUUUCAAGGACUCGUUAUGAAUGCCAUUAUGACGCGAUCGAACUUAAAUCACUCAUGUCCAUACAACCACGACAUUAUUAUGGAUAACCUGGAGUUUUCCGAUGAUUUCCUCAAGAAUUUGCCUCUACCGCAAGGCGUCUAUAAAAUACAACUUCGAUUUGCAACGUACAAAGUUUGGAGGGUACAGGUGACAAUGUUCUUUGAGAGAGCAGAAUAA